AUGGUUGUUGAUUGGCUCCUGGACCAGUGGGCCCUAACACUUCGAUCACCACCCCGCGUCAGGAUUGCGUACGAUGGAUUUUCGGCGUUGCUCGACACCUUUAGUGACAAUCGAGUCACACCGCAACAAGCCCAGUUUGACCUGGUCUCCUCUAUCCGGGAGGCACUUGCCCGCUCCAGGGCGACAUCCUUUUUGUGCCUCUCUUGGUGGUCCAAACGGAAUGUGGAAGUGGAUGCGUGGGCGGUUGCUUAUCGCCACCAGCUCGAAGCUUCACACCGACUGAUUGCACCUAACGCUCGUUUCUUUACCGAAUUGGCUGCCCUCUACAUUGGUGACGUCAAACAGUCGCGAUUGAAUCCAGAACAGGUCCAGGAACUGGUGGCGCUGCCUGCUCUACGCAAGCGAUGGCACAAGCGGCAGACGAUUACACCAGAGGCAGAGCUGGAGACCGAUUGGACCAGUCUGGCUCGCGCCAUGAUCUCCCUUCCGGCCGGUGUCCAACGUUGGACCACAAAGCAUGUCGUGUAUGUUUGGUGUAGGGAAGUUCAAAGUCCGGUGGGGUUCCGCUACAUGCCCUUGCUGCGGCAAGUUCGAGGACCACCUUCAUGUUCCUCAAUGUAUGGCGCCCUCGGCAAGUGCGGAAUGGGAGCGCCGGACGGCGACGUUGGACCAAUGGUUGGACACCCAAGUCACUGA